GGCUUGCUUCCACACUCGGAGGCUUGAAGCCUUUGUAACUCCAGGGUCUAGUGUCUUCUGCAGAGCUCCAGUCAUGGCAUACAAGAAAUACUUCUUCGAUUUUGACUAUUACGGUGUGGACUUUUAUGAAGAAGAAGUAACAACCGAACUCCAGCAAGGGAGGGCAGCAACGGCAGAUGGUAGCCACACCGAAGAAGUCAUAGGCAUCCUGAAGGAGCUGAGCUACAUGAAUGCUGUGCUCGAUCACAACUACAAUCGUCCAAUGAAGAGCGACACCCGUGGGAACCCCCAGGAACCUGCGCAAGAAGAGGAGGAGCCAGUUUUUCAAAAGCCAACCACAUAUUACCGAAAGCUCAAGUUCACUCCUGAACAACUACUUGAACUAGACAGAGUUUUUGAAGAAACUCAAUACCCUGAUGCACUCCAAAGGAAAGAGCUUGCAAAGCUCAUCAAUGUAGAAGAAUACACCGUAAAGAUUUGGUUCAACAAACGAAGAGCCAAAAUUAGGAAACACCAGAAGGCGUUACCAUGCACAAAUAUCCUACCUGAUAAACAGAACUACUUUCCCAUGAGAGUUUUGAAAGAAACCAAGAAUGUUGUUGUUCUUCAAGAGCCACCUGUAGAUGAGUUUUUCUGCUCUCAGCCACAUGUUGGCCACCCAAAUUGGCAGUGACAGCAUUAUCACUUUGCUCAAAUUAGCAAUAAAGAGUAGAAAUCUUUGAA